GGCUGAUGCCCCGGAAGCAAUUGUUUGCCGGUCACGGUUCAGGGCUGUGGUCACUAUGCUGCUCUCGGCCGUCUCCCUUGCCAAGAGCAAGUCAAAAACCAUUCUGGUGAAAAUGGUCAGCCAAGCUGGGACAGGUUUCUCCUUCAACACCAAGAGAAGCCGACUCCGAGAGAAACUGACUCUUUUGCAUUAUGAUCCAAUUGUGAACAAAAAAAGUCCUCUUCACAGAACUGAAAAAAAUACGCUCUCUUUGAACAAUGGAUUAAACAUGAGUUUGAUUUAUAAAGGAGAAGACUGAGGGUGGGGAUACUGAUUGAGAAAUCCUGCAGCGAGUAAUAAAGAAGAGGAAAUGGUACAGCCUCACUGCCUCCUUUGAUUUGAAGGCCAUUGUGAAGGGAACAAUGUAGUGAAAGGAAGGUCUUCAGGACAGAUAUCAUUCUACCAAUUAUUUAUCUUUCUGGAUACUUUUAUAGUCGUUAAUAAAAAAGUAUUAAAAUA